AUGACCGAAUCAGGGCAAGCAAUCUCCAACUGCACCAACUCCAACUCGCCCCGCAGUCUUUGCUGCUUCACACAUAAGCAAUCCGGCCGGUCUUAUUUCCUGCUCGCUCGUCUUUUCCUGUUCCAUCUACCUCCCUCGACGCGGUCUACCACUCAACUCUGUGCCAUCUCCAUGUCCAACACCCUGCGCAGACAUCACAAGACAUACAGUGGCUGUUGGACAUGUCGAGCCCGCAAAGUAAAAUGCGACGAGGACAGACCAGCCUGCCGUCAAUGCCGACGCAAUGGCCGUGAAUGCGAGGGCUACAACGUGCGACUGCGGUGGGUCAUCAACCAAGAUGCCGACUCCGAUCUCUCUUACCAGAUUGCACAGUCGCAGCGAAGUCGAGUGGCGCUGAGCCCACAUCGCACUCCCAUCCCCUUCUCUCGGGUGGAGGAGAUCCUAGCCAGGCUUGAUGCAUUGGAGUCGCAUCGUAAACAGGCUGAUCGGACUGGCGUGUCGCUUUUUAUUUCUGGUUUUGGUGUUUUUGGCGCUGAUUUGGAUGCCCAUGUCGAGAGAACCACCACAAGUAGCUCUGUCGAGCCUUCGAGCGACGAACGUCAGAAUGACGGUCACAUUAUUUUAUACCAAGGCCAUUCUACGCCGACGCUUCUCUGGAACUCAAGUCCAUGUUCUGUGGACGAGGACCCGGGUAUAGUCCCGCCUGGCACUGCACCAGGACUGUUUGGGGACACGACACUAUCUCCAGAUCAGAAUCCUGAGACUUUAGAUACUCCCAAGAAUGGACAGCAUGACGGUAUCUCACAGCUAUUGCAUGCUCAUGAUGAUUCUAUAUCCGUCCCAUCUCCCAAUUUAUGCCCCGAGCCUCUAUAUCUUUCAUCUACCGAGCGCUUCUUGAUCAACCAUUAUGCCAACAGAGUCGUCCAGCUAUUCUGCGUAGUGGAUAACGAGAAGAGCCUGUGGAAGACAAUCCAUCUGCCAAAAGCUCUACAAGCUGCUGGUGAGCUCAGCCUCACAGGAUCCACAUCGGCAAUCCGCAAGGCGCUCUUAAGCACCCUCCUGUCGAUCAGCGCGUUCUGUCUAUUCAACUACCGCAAAUCACAGCUUCGAAGAGACGAAGCUAUCGAGUGGAAAGCAGCAGCAGAGGAGUUCAGAUGCAAAGCAAUCGAGCUGUUGAAAGAUGCCAUGGAGACUGACCUUUAUUCCCGGCCACUGCCCAAGUAUAAGGACUUUCUAGCGACAAUGCUAUCAAUGGUUACCAUUAAUGUUAUAUCCGGUGAUAUCGACACUUGCGGUCUACAUCUAGACGGCGCACUGCGUUUCAUCCACCACGCACAGAGCUGGAAAACCAGAUACUCAAGCAAGGCUCAAGGCCUGCAUCGUCAGUACUUAUAUCUUCGAACAAUAUAUGAAAGCACCUGUCCGCGCGGCCGGCUGAAGAACCGCGCUUUGCUCUUCCCAACAAUUUCUGGAGCAGAUCCCAACAGCGCGCAGGAUAUCUUCUGCCGGGACCUCCUCCGAAGACAUUCAUUUAAUAUACAGUCCAGUCCUGGAGAUAAUCCACACAUUACAAGUUACGAGACUGUAUACGGGGUGCCGUACGACUUGCUGUUCCUCUUGACGCAGGCCAUAGAACUCAUCAAUAAACUCCACGACUCCCAAAGCCCAAGCCAAGGGCUGCUAAUUCCAGACCAUCUAGUCACCGAGUGCGACGAGCUAGAAAAUACAAUCAUGGAAUGGCGAGGCGACGCACUCUUCAAAGACACCGUUCAAACAAACAUAAACUCCCAAAUCAUCCACCAACAGACAAUCGCCUUCCACAACGCCUUAAUCAUCUACUUCGCGCAGCACAUCCGUCUCCUAAGCCACCGCUUCCUCCAGCCGUACGUGAAAUCCGUCCUGGAGAGUAUAGAGGCAAUGGAGAGGAUAAAGAUCGAGACGAAUAUCCUCGCGGCCCCGCUCUACUGGCCCGCGUUUGUGGCGGCUAGUGAGGCGUUUGAUAGCGCGCUGCAGGAUCGGUUUCGGCGAUGGCAUGACCACAUGGAGGUUUAUGGGAUUGAAGCUUUACGGACUGGGAUGGAUGUGGUUGAGGAGGUCUGGCGUGCGGGUCCGUCGGCGAGGAAUCGGACGACGAGUUAUUGGAGGGCUAUUGUUGAGGAUAGAACGAAGGUGCUGAUGUUGAGUUAG